AUGCAUGCUCACGGCCUAGCGCAAUAUUCUCCUGAGGCAGCAGAAGCGUUUUCGUUCCCUUCCAACCCUGAGUCAAAGCAUGAUGUGUCACCUCCUUUGUUCCAGACCCCACAACCGCCUUUAGCUCCCAUAUGCCCCCAGCGCUGGCCAGGCAUCGACGCAGAAACCACCAAGAUGCUUUUGAAAGUCUUGGAGGACAAUCACUCGAGGUGGCAUAUAUUCUUCAAUUACAGGGGAUUCCAUAACCACGCGGCUCAUCACCUUCUCGCAAUAUGGGCGAUGGGCGCAAGCUCCAAGAUCAUCUUUUCUGCUUAUGAAACUCAUUGCGUGUAUCAGCGGCCUGCGUUUGACUCACCAAACCGCAUCACACGCCAUAAUUUUAAUGAGCACCUUGGUGAUGAACGCUUUUAUUCAGCCUACUCGGAUUUUUUUGCCUUUGAACUCGGGAAGAAAGGGUUUGCUCGCACCUUUGGGGAAUAUAUAUUUGCUCUCUCUGCGAAUUACCUAGCAGAACUACGUUCGGAGGGAGAUGGUCAUCCGCAGAUGCUGACUCGCUUCAUUGGUGGAUUGCUCCACCCUUUGAUCCACACCGGCUAUGGCGCAGAGUUUGGAUUACUAGGCAUGUCAGCGGAAGGUCUGGCUAUGACUGCUGUACACCCUGCGAAGGUCCAUGCACUUCUUCCACCUUCGUAUUUCAGUUCUCCUAUGAAAUCUGGAACCAUGCAUGCCCUCUCAAUUCUCGCACUUGUCGCUAACGAUGAACGAUUUGAGCACAUCAAAACGAUGGAAGAAUUAGAUAUGUUCACCACGACUGUCUCAUCUCACGAUGAGGCACUUCGAGCGUACGCAGAAAUGUGGGACUUCGAUGUAGCAAAUAAGGAGGACGUCGCCAAAGCAGUGGAGGAACUUGCUUGGCUUAACUCGAUAAUUUAUGGUGUAGGGGGCGCGACUGUGAAGGACAAUUUCCACGCCGAUUUCUUCUUGAUGCAUCUCGUCACCUCCACCCUUUUCCUCCCGUCCCUCGUAACUUCGCUCUAUCAAAACCCUCGUGCCCAAGCAUUGCUGUUGCGUUCCUACUUCGUAGUGAGCUUGGCGCGCUACCUGUCGCGGGGACGUCCCACCCUCGACAUCGCUAAGUUUUACAGUGACACAUCAGAGCUUCUACCUUCUAGUGGUCUGGACGUCAUUCCUGGUCCACAGCCUUCACCUUUCGAGCACACACUUCCUGACCAGAAAUCUCCUGAAGCGCGGACGCCAAAUCCAUGGCUGUCUAUAAUACAGACUACGAUCGUGCAUCCUAACGAACAUUUGUGCAAGAUACAGCGGGCACUCGCACAUUUUUCAUCAUUGUAUGGCUUGCGGGAACAGGGGUGGUUCGCCACCCGCAAACAAGCGAGCGUAGCCACAGAUAACAGGAAACUCGAAGAUGUUGAGCGCAACCUGGGACUUGCAGAGUUGGAUGGAACGCUGUUUCUUCGCGUGGCUAUGCUUACUGCACGCACGCUUGGUUGGAUGAGAGAGGGUGAGUCCGAGGAGGGGUGGAAUUUUGAGGGAUUUUAUGAAAAGUGA